UUGUCUCUCUUCUCUCGCGAUAGGUUACCAUCUUUUUUACCUGGCUACGCACAACAAAACCUAAAGUCUGCUGGCUUUGAGAAGCACAUUACCUGGGAAAAUGAGUGUAACACUCACAAAGGGGGCAGUUGAAGCCCUGAUAAAAGGCUCAGAGGUAAACAAUGCCGUGCUGCAGAUACUUAACAUCCGCCAGGUCUCUACUGGCUCUCCACCCAGGUACCGGCUAAGGAUGAGUGAUGGUCAGCACACUUGGUCUUCCUUCCUACUGGCUACACAGUUAAACAAUCUGACAGAAGACAACCUGGUACCUAACAGUGUGUUUCUGGUGAAGAAGUCCGUCAACAAUACAUUGACAGAUGGAAGGUCUGUGGUGAUUUUGUUGGACAUGGAGAUGUUGCAGUCUGCUGAAGAAACUGGAGGGAAGAUUGGAGAUCCCACUCCAUAUGAAACAGUUGUUAAGACGUCAUCUUCACAGGAGUCUGUCUCCAGCACCUCUGUCCCGGCCUCCCCUCCAUCUGCAGCAGAACGUGGACCCUCUAAGUGGAACAAAAGCAACCGUUCUCCUCCACGAGGACAGGGGAAGUGGUUUUGUGGGAAAGUCCCCCCAAUGACGGCAUCACCCAUGAACGCUUCACCCAUGAAGGCGUCACCCAUGAAGGCAUCACCCAUGGAGGCGUCACCCAUGAAGGCGUCACCCAUGAAGGCGUCACCCAUGAAGGCAUCACCCAUGAAGGCAUCACCCAUGGAGGCUUCAACCUCCAAGUUUUCACCAAUGAAAGCUUCACCAAUGAAACUUCCCCUCAGAAGUUUACACCCACAAAGGUUUGUCCAGCACUUCUCCAGGUUUUCUUCAACAAAAGUGAUUCCAAUAGCAGGCCUCAACCCUUACCAAAGCAAAUGGACUAUCAGAGUCCGAGUCACCAACAAGUCCAGCGUCCGCACCUGGAGUAACUCUCGAGGAGACGGAAGGCUUUUCUCUUUUGAAGUACUGGACGAGAGUGGAGAAAUCAAGGUCACAGCGUUCAACAAAGAAGUGGACCAGUUUUUCUCUCUAGUGGAGCAAGGCAAGGUGUACUACAUCACUAAGGCUACGCUGAAGGUAGCUAACAAACAGUUCACCACACUGAAGAACAACUACGAGAUGACCCUCAACGCUCACUCAUCCGUCGUGCCAUGUGAUGACAGUCAGGGCAUUCCCACAGUGAACUGUGACUUUGUGCCCAUUGCAGAGCUGGAGAACAGCGAUACAGACAUCAUUGUUGAUGUAAUUGGAGUGUGCAAGAGUGCCGACGAUGUAUCCCGUAUCACCACAAAGACCAGCAGAGAAGUCUCCAAGAGGGCCCUCCAGCUAAUAGACACGACUGGCAAAGUGGUGACACUCACACUGUGGGGAGAGGAGGCGGAGAAGUUUGACGGCUCUGUUAACCCCGUGGUGGCCGUCAAAGGCGCUCGGCUGACUGAUUUUGGGGGCAGAUCUGUCUCGGCUUUGUUCAGUUCAACAGUCAUGGUCAACCCAGACUUACCCGAGGCUUUUAGUCUGCGGGCCUGGUAUGACCAGGGAGGCUAUGCGCUGGACAGCCAAUCCCUCACAGAGACCAGGUCAGCGGGCAGCGGAACAAAGACCAACUGGAAAAUGCUGAGCGAAGUUAAGAAUGAACACCUGGGACAUGGAGAGAAGGCUGACUACUUCAGCUGCCUGGCGACGGUCCUGUACACUCGUAAGGAGAACUGUCUGUACCAGGCCUGUCCCACUGAAGACUGCAAAAAGAAGGUCAUCGACCAACAGAACGGACUGUACCGCUGCGAGAAGUGUAGCCGAGAGUUCCCCAACUUCAAAUACCGACUCAUACUUAAUGCCAACUUAGCAGACUUCGGGGAUAACCAGUGGGUGACAUGCUUCCAGGAGACAGCUGAGACCCUGUUAGGUCACAGUGCAGAAACACUGGGACAGCUCAGAGACACAGACGAGAAUGCUUUCGAUGAAGUCUUUCAGAAAGCCAACUUUACAACCCACAUCUUCAGAAACCGAGUCAAGCUGGAGACGUACAACGAUGAGAGCAGAGUGAAGGUGACGGUGAUGGAGGUGCAGCCGGUGGACCACAGGGAGUUCAGCCGGAGACUCCUCAGCAACAUCCGCAGAUUGUCCAGCUGAACCCGGUCCCAGUCAUCUGAAAGCUGCCCGGUGAUUAAACUCUUCUUCCACUGGUCUCUGACUGGUGUCCGCCGCUUCACUCCAGCCAGAUAACAGCCUAUCUGAGACAGCAGAGGGCCGGUGAUUCAUCGCGUUAAAUGGCAGCCAAACAAAAGACUGAUAUUUAGUUGCUCACUUCCCUCAGCGAGCCAUUUGUGAAACACUGCAAAUGGCAUGGGAAUGACUUUUACCUUUUCUUUAUUUAAUGACAUUUUAACAAAGAGCUUUGACUUUCUGAUUAUGCAUAGCUGUGUUCUAGACCUGCUUACAUUUGAUCAUGUUUCAUGUGUAUCAUACAUGGUAAGUUUGAAGAGUUUUCUCUUUUUUAUACAAAUGAUUCAUCUCUUUGGUUUCCAAUCUGUGGCUCAGUGUUCGUUGAGUGAGAUUUUAUUUGAUUUUCAAUGUUCCGUUUUAAAGCAUGGCAAAAGUGUGUGGGUGUUGGCAUUUGUUUCAACUUACAGCGUGUAAUUCUUGUUAAAAUUAUCCUUAGAAGUUUAAGAAAAGAGUUUUGAGUGGUUCUGCACAUCCAAGAUAUGUCAAAGAAAAAGUGAUAAAUUAUGUUAAAAAUAAUCUCUCAUCACUUGUUAUUAAAAGGUUUUGAUUUCCUUAAAUCUCCCUUACCCACAUGUUUUAUCUUUUGAAUUUCUGUGUAAAAAUAAAAAAUAAUGCUGUU